AUGCUACCGAUUGGUUUUCUGCCAUUGCUAUUCCAUUUGGAGCUCAGGUUAAAGAUCUGGAUGUCGCCUCCGACUUUUACCUUCAGGUAUAAUUUACUUGACCUCGGAUUACAUAGUUUGGAUUACAAAGAUGAAAAGGGUCUCACUGGUUUAUCAUUGGGGCCACCCCUGUUGCAUCAGCAAAUUGGAAGUGCAACUGGAGUGACAAUGAGGAUGUCAAAUUUCAUUGCUUCUUGGACAUUGCUUGAGUACUUUUGGACAAGUUGUCGUAAUAUCCAUCCUAGAGCACUUGCUAUUCCUGUUGGAUUUUCUAGGCCUCUUGAAGAUGCUUAUACAACUGAUGAUGAAACAUCUUUUCCACCUUUGACAACAAACAACCUGGAAUUUGGACCUAUUGCCCUGAAGCUGGAAUCAGAAUUUGAUGCAUACAAAAGACUUUCCGGUAGGAUUGAGAUGAAACAAGCAACUCCAAAACAUUUUGAAUGCGCUGUCAAUUUCUCUGAUACUUCUGAAGAUGUGUAUGGUUGGGGUAUGAGUACUGGUGGAGUUGAAAUUCCAGGAAACCGUGGCCACUUUCAGGAAGUUGUUGGUUUACAUUUGAUAGGUUCAUUCACUGAGGGGGAUCUUCCAGAGCUGCUUCAAUUGGUAUUAUACUUUGGUUGGAGUUGCAAUCAGGAUUUUGUUACUGCAGUAGUAGCUUAUUUUGAAGAUGGAGCUGGAUGA